AGCAAGCAAGCAGGCAGCGGAGCAGCAGUCGGAGUGGAAGCAGCGUCGCGGCGGCGGCCGCGGCUCCGCGCCUCGCCUCCCUGGCCUCACCGGCCUUGCGGCGCCCGGACCAGCCACCCCCGCUUACCGGGCCCGACCUCCGCAGCCCCCUUCGCCUUGGCCGGCAGCGCCACCCGCCUGCCCGAAGCAGGGAGCGGAGCGCGGGGCGCCUAGGAACCGGAGCCAGUGCCCGCCGGCCCCGCAAACCAAACCCAGCCGGGAGAACCCCCGCCCGGCCCAGCGCUGCUCCACCAACGGUCCGGGAGCUGUCCCUUCAGCACCGCCGCGGAAGCCUGCGUCCGAGCUCAGCCCAGCGGAGCCCUAGAUCGAGCCUAAGCGCACCCGGUGCAGCGCUCGCCGCUGCCCCACGGGGCUGUACCCGUGUGCCCCUACCCAGAGGACCCGCCAUCUCCUCCGGGAGGCGGGGAGAAGGAACAAGGAGGGCGGGCAGGCGGGCGGGCUCGCCCGCCGCCGAGGGGAGCAGGCAGCCAGGCGUGGAGAGAGGAAGGGGGCCGGAGCCCGCCCUGCGCCCCGAGCUGCAGCCCAGCCACGCAGGGAGAAAGCAGCCGGUAUCCAUCUCCCCCGCGCCUAGAGCGUGCUGCGGCGACCACCGCACAGCGGAGCUCGAAUUUCCCGGCCCCCUCUCUUCCCCUCCCCCUUCUGGGGGGUUGGUCUCUCCCUCUGGCCCUAGGAGCUGCUGACCUUCCCCCCAAAAAGCUUUGUGUCGAUUUCUCCAUUUUCCCGCUGAGAUGGUAAAGGGAGCCCGGCCCCCCCACCCUCUUUCCCCUCCUCCCGGAGCUCGCUGCUGAGCGCCGCCCCCCUCCCUUCUUCCCUUCCACUCUCCCUCCCCUCCUCUCCUCUGCUUCCUCCGCAACCAGACCAGCUCCCUCCCACAUCUGGCGCCUAGAGACCCUUGGGAUCCCGCGCACACUCCCCUGGACCAGCACCGACCGCCAGCACCCCGAGGGGCUUGGGUCACUGGUUGGGGUGGCCAGAGCCGCGCUCCUCUGUUCUCCCCGACGGCAGGGGGGAGGGGGGAGGAGGCCGCGCGCCCCCCUCCCCGGCGCCAACUCCCCCUGGCGGCCGCUCCCAUGGGUGUCGCUGGGCCGCGCCAUGUCUAAGGGGGCGCCGCGAUGGGCCAAGGGGACGAGAGCGAGCGCAUCGUGAUCAACGUGGGCGGCACGCGCCACCAGACGUACCGCUCGACGCUGCGCACGCUGCCGGGCACGCGGCUCGCCUGGCUGGCGGAGCCCGACGCCCACAGCCACUUCGACUAUGACCCGCGUGCCGACGAGUUCUUCUUCGACCGCCACCCAGGCGUCUUCGCGCAUAUCCUGAACUACUACCGCACGGGCAAGCUGCACUGCCCAGCCGACGUGUGUGGGCCGCUCUACGAGGAGGAGCUGGCCUUCUGGGGCAUCGACGAGACAGACGUGGAACCCUGCUGCUGGAUGACGUACCGCCAGCACCGCGACGCCGAGGAGGCGCUCGACAGCUUUGGCGGGGCGCCCCUGGACAACAGCGCUGACGACGCGGACGCCGACGGCCCCGGAGACUCAGGCGACGGUGAGGACGAGCUAGAGAUGACCAAACGCCUGGCGCUGAGUGACUCCCCAGAUGGCCGGCCUGGCGGCUUCUGGCGCCGCUGGCAGCCGCGCAUCUGGGCGCUCUUUGAGGACCCCUACUCGUCCCGCUAUGCGCGGUAUGUGGCCUUUGCCUCCCUGUUCUUCAUCCUGGUCUCCAUCACCACCUUCUGCCUGGAGACCCACGAGCGCUUCAAUCCUAUCGUGAACAAGACAGAGAUUGAGAAUGUUCAGAAUGGCACGCAAGUGCGCUACUACAGGGAAGCGGAGACAGAGGCCUUCCUCACCUACAUCGAGGGCGUCUGCGUGGUGUGGUUCACCUUUGAGUUCCUCAUGCGUGUGGUCUUCUGCCCCAACAAAGUUGAGUUCAUCAAGAACUCGCUCAACAUCAUUGACUUUGUGGCCAUCCUCCCCUUCUACCUGGAGGUGGGCCUAAGUGGCCUGUCCUCCAAGGCUGCCAAGGAUGUCCUGGGCUUCCUGCGAGUUGUCCGCUUCGUGCGCAUCCUGCGCAUCUUCAAGCUGACCCGCCACUUCGUGGGCCUGCGUGUCCUGGGCCACACACUCCGUGCCAGCACCAACGAGUUCCUGCUGCUCAUCAUCUUCCUGGCCCUGGGCGUGCUCAUCUUUGCCACCAUGAUCUACUAUGCCGAGAGGAUAGGGGCACAGCCCAACGACCCCAGUGCCAGUGAGCACACGCACUUUAAGAACAUCCCCAUUGGCUUCUGGUGGGCCGUGGUCACCAUGACGACACUGGGCUACGGAGACAUGUACCCGCAGACAUGGUCUGGCAUGUUGGUGGGAGCACUGUGCGCACUGGCAGGCGUGCUGACCAUUGCCAUGCCCGUGCCUGUCAUCGUGAACAAUUUUGGGAUGUAUUACUCCUUAGCCAUGGCUAAGCAGAAACUACCAAAGAAAAAAAAGAAGCAUAUUCCGCGGCCACCGCAGCUGGGAUCUCCCAAUUAUUGUAAAUCUGUCGUAAACUCUCCACACCACAGUACUCAGAGUGACACAUGUCCGCUGGCCCAGGAAGAAAUUUUAGAAAUUAACAGAGCAGAUUCCAAACUGAAUGGGGAGGUGGCGAAGGCCGCGCUGGCGAACGAAGACUGCCCCCACAUAGACCAGGCCCUCACUCCCGAUGAGGGCCUGCCCUUUACGCGCUCGGGCACCCGCGAGAGAUACGGACCCUGCUUCCUCUUAUCAACCGGGGAGUACGCGUGCCCACCUGGUGGAGGAAUGAGAAAGGAUCUUUGCAAAGAAAGCCCUGUCAUUGCUAAGUAUAUGCCGACAGAGGCUGUGAGAGUGACUUGACCAGGCGGCUUGGCCGAGGACACUGGUGGCUAUUAAGCAUCUGGGUGGACCUGCAGCCCCUCCUCACCCUCGGACAGAGUAAAUUCACGCCAUGCAGGUUUGCCGGACGAGUCCGAGUGGCCCAGGCAUUGUGCUAGGACGGACGUAGCUUUUCCUACGGCCAAAUGGUAACUGACCGUAGAGGAUUUCUUUUCCUUCUUUUCAUUUUUUAAAAUUUUAUUUUAUUUGGGGAGGGAGGGUGGAGGGGUUCCUUAGCAUGACUUGCAUGAAGUUAAACAGAAAACCCAGCAAACCAAACCCACCAACCUCCCUGCAACUGUAUGAUUACCCUCAACAACAAUAACAAGAAGAAAAAGAAAAAGUCCUAUAUUUUCUUUCAGAGCUCUUUACUUUUACACACAUUGUUGGAGCCAAAUUGUAACAACGUUCAGUAGAAACCUGUACAUUUCUGGGAGUGGGGGACCGGGGAGGAAGGAUGGAGAUGGGGAACAAAUUGCUUCCCCUUUUGUACACAAGAUCGAGAGUAAAGGUUCCAAAAAGGGCAGUCGGUCAGUCAUUGGUCAUAUUGACCCCACCUUCAUAGUUCAUCUCUCACAUGGAAACUGAGAACUUUGCUCCAAAUAGAAUUGUGGAAACUCGCACUGCCGCCUUCUUCCCUCUCUGUUUGGCAUGCUUGUGACCCAGCGGACGUCUCCCCAAGACCCCUGGCAGCGGCUAGUCUAGGUUGAAUCUCUCAUCAUAUCGGUGUGUAGAUCCAGUGUGACCAACUUUCAUAAUAAAUUGUUCAUAGUAAAUAAUCAGCACCGUAUGGAUUUUCCAAGUGUUAUUUUAAAACCAGGAUGUAGAGCACCAAAAGUUCAGGACCACAGGAGGGGCAACCUCCUCCACCUUUACCAAGGCACAACCUGGCGAUGUAUGCAAUUUAGUACUUCAGAGUAAAAAACUGCAUGCCCAAUGUUAUGCAAAGCGAUUCGAGCAUGAAAUAAAUUUUGUAUCAUGGUUUCUGUAUAGUCUAAAGCAGAUUUGUUUUCCUGAAGCAAUUGGAGGUUUGCAGAGACACGCUUCUGCAUCUCGAAUAAAUAUAGUAUUUUCCCAACAGAAACAGAGGACAGUAGCUUGGCUUUGGUCUGAUUCUAAAAUUAGUGUGGGGGGGGGAGAAGGAUGAUAUUUUUGAAAAACACAUGCUUGAGUUGAAAAAAAAAUGCAACAUCUCGAGCUUUCACUGCAGCUCACAACAUUUCCUGGAAAGAGAGCAACGAUGCUUUAGCUCAACAAACUCCCCUCCCUGGGCCCUGGACCCGGAAAUAAAAAGCUGACUUCUGAGAUG